AUGGUACAUUGUCAGCCUCUAAGGCUUUCUUGUCUUAUUGUUCUUGAGCCAAAUGCUAACGUCAAAUCCAUCUCAGAUGUUCUAGUUCCGGAAAAUGCAGGCACUGGAUUGACGAAAUGGCAUUACCAGCGACGGACUCUGCUCCAAUAUGCUGGUCUCUUCGCCACUGGACUCGCAGCCUUCUACAAAGCCGAAUCUCCUGCAUUACGAGCUGCAGGCCUUGGGUUCCUUUUCCCAGGAGCUGGACUCGUUGCUGUCUGUACAUUGCCAUCACUGAUCGCUUUUGCGGUGUCUAUGCCGUUGAUUCCUCUUUCCAUUUUCAUAUGGUUUGGUAUGGGAGGUGUUGUUGCUCCCAUCUUUCUGUGGACUGGGACAUCGUUACUGGCUGCAUUCCUCGCCCGUGACUCCGUGCUCGAGCUGGCAGGUCCAAUAUGGACAGCCAUUUGCAUAAUUGGUAUUGCCUACAUCACUUACGCUACACAAAGUGCCAAUGCAGAGAUGCGGAAGAAGCGAGCGGUUCGCAACGAUUAUCUCGUCAGUGCAGUUGCUGAGAACCAGUCAAUCGCUAAGGAGCCCAAACCAGGCUCUCGUGAGAUGGACGAGCGUACCCUACGCUUCACGCAAUGGUUCAUCGAACUCGGCCUCACUGAUAAGGACGAUUGGUCAUAUCACGAUAUCAUAGACCAAUUCCAAACUUCGGCAAUUCGUUACCAGUUGUAUGAGACUGUUUCCGACCUCGGAAUGUAUCAGUACAUUUUCGCACCAAACUUUCAUGGUUAUCUGUCCCAAGCUCAACGAAACGUCAUUGAGAAGAGUUUGACUGAGAAAGUCGUGAGUUUCUGGAAGUAUGAAUCAAUGGCUGGCAAGUUCAACGCCCACGACUGGGAUCCGAUCAAGAAAGACAAUAUAAUGGUGGCUGGAUAUAUCCUCCAAGCCAUUGGCAUCUAUCAAUCCAACACAGGCGAUGACAGGUAUACCAAAAAGGAUUGCUUGGAGUUUGUGGUCGACAAGAACAACAAGUACAAGUACGAUCUCCAAGGCCUCGCCGUAGCAGUUCACCGCAACAUGGAUGAAAACCCAUGGUGUCUAUAUCCUUGCGAGCCGAACUGGCUCUACACAAUGUGCAACCUCGUCGGCACGGGUGGACUGGUGCUGACGGACAGAUUACUCGGCAACAAUUUUGGCGAGAGGCUCAAGCAGAGAUUCGAGCACGCGCUGGAGACCGAGUUCACCACCCCUGACGGCAGCAUCCUCCCCAUCCGGAGCGAGCUGACCGGUUUCACUCUACCUGGCCUUGCCGGUGCUCUAGCCGAUGGUGUCAACGCCAUCCUAUGCUCAGCAUAUCUCCCUCACAUCGCUCAUCGAAACUGGGCUUUCACCAAAAAGGACACGAUCACAUACAACAAGGAUGGAAAAUUGGAAAUGCUGAACCUCGUUGGCGCCGACAAGCUCGAUCCCGGCAACUAUAAAUCCGGCGAGGGCGUCAUCCGCGCGAUCUUCGCGGCCGCGGCGGCCGAAUUCGGCGACGAGAAGAUCCGUACUGAUCUACUCAAGCAGCUCGACGAGGAAUACCACCCCGUCUUCACCACUCGCACAGGCGCGCUGAAAAAUAAAGGCGUCUCAACCAUCGAGCAGGGCACUGCGCUACGCGGCCGAAUUGGUGGAUACCAGGACUGGACGAAGAUGAUCCAAAAGGGCCCAGAGAAGCAGGUCCUACGUGGCCCGAUCUUGGAUGAAGCACCUUUCCCCGAGGUCCUGGUUGCCAAGGCCUACUCGCACGACGGGGAGGGUCUCGAUCUCGUCUUCUACAAUGGCAAGGAGUCUGGGACUUUCAGGCUUGGCUUUACUAGGCUGAGGCCUGGAGCCGCGUAUCGCCUCGGUCAACAGCCAAUCACUGCGUCCAAGGACGGGACUGCUUACGUGGAUGUCGCUAUCAGCGGCAGAACAGCGUUGAAGUUAUCAAGAGACAACUGA